AUGACUUCACAGAUGGUUCCAAUCUUCCUCCAAGAACAUAUCCUUUCGAGCGAGAUCUUUGAUCUCAAUGGCACUUCUUCGGCCGAUGCUGUCGAGAAGGGGAAAGGAUCAACCAAUGAGGAGGUCGAGGGGUCUCUUCGAUCAAAGAGAUCGUCCCCAUCUUCUCACCUACUGCCAGAUCUGAGCCCUCUCAAGCGCAAGCGAAGGAGCCCUCGGGGAACGACAAGUGUACUCGCCCAAUCGCCUCCUCGAGCAACCGCCACUCUCGAUGACCCAGCCAAAAAGGGGACGUCUGGCACGUCCUCGCAAUCGUCAAUUCGAGGGACCUUCAGGCCUGAUGACUCGACUAGAGAGGCUACUGAUGCCUUGGCUUUGCCUGGUCCAUGUGUAACUCGUCCACCAGCUCCACCUACCAGACCAAGAAUGAAGAAGGUGAUAACAAAAAGGCCAAAGUCAAGCAUCAUUUCGCACUUCCCAAUUUCAAAGAGACUAUCGUCUGAGGAGCAAACCAAGGUUGUGAGCAUAUUGAAUAGUCAUCCGGGGCUGACUUCCCCAGUUGACUCGGCCUUAACUCCAAUUCCUCAGACCAGGGAUCUUGUCUUGAGUGCGCACGAAGAAGACUCGCAGCUUAAAGGGAAACAAAACUUCAAUAUCAAUCCCAACCAAUGACCCAUGGGCGGCGAUAAAGGCUCUUCUCCAGGUUACAAGCGCUCAGGUAGCUACCGUCGAGGCCAACCACCACAAAAAGCUCGAAGCCAAGAGGAAGAAAAUUGAACCAACAUGGAAAAACUUCUUGCUGACGCAAUGAAGAAGAUUGACGACGACGUCAAGUAUCGGGAGAGACUCAGGAAUCAAGUGAACACCGCGCAAGCUGAAAAGAAGGCCAUGAUGACUGAAAGGGAUGCUGCCCUCGCUCAGAGAGAUGUUGCUAUCCUGGCUCUUCAAGAGCCGAAGGAGCAGACACUCGACCUUAUGUCCCAAGCAGUCUCUACAAGCACCGCCACGCCACAUUGCUAGGUAUCCUCAAGGGUUACAAUCCAGUGCUCGAUACCUCAUUGGUGACAAUCGGGUUCAAUUGUACUAGCGAGGAGGCUGCAAAACUUGUUGAAAGCGUCCAGUCGGUGGUUCUAGCCUUUGUCGAGUCUUUGAGGCUUAGUCUGCCUAGUGAUGCUAGCGAGGGGAGUCCCUUGGACUAAUGGUCCAUUCUACUAUGGCACUUGUAAGACAUAUUUUAUGAUCUGAA